UCUGUCCCCCAGGCGACCUGGAGCCCCGCUUGGUGCUGACGGGAUGACCGUGUGCAGGACAGCCCAGGGCAGCCACAGCCGGACUGCGAGCGAGCACUGCAGAUCGACCCCCAAGGUCAAGGCGGAAGGUCCAAGGGCUAGGGAAGAGCUCCGGAGGCAGCCGUUGAGAGUGGGAGCACUUCCCCGGGAGCCCCGAGGCCCCACAUUCCUUCCCUGGAGACUGGGCAGGAGGUGCUCCUCAGAAGAAGCCCGCGGGAAAGCCCCCGCAGCCUGCUGCCAGACAUGCUCAGCCCAGCAGUGGUCCUCAACGGCCCAGCCCCUGAGCUCCAGGCGGGGGAUUCCAGCAGGGCCGGGGAGAGGCAGCUCCACAGCAUCCUGAACCCCUGCCCCACCACCAGAGGCUGGGUCCGGCACCGCAUCAAGGACAAGAUAUCUGAGUGGGAGGGGAAAAAGGAGCCGCUUGUCCCCGCCCCGGGCAAGAAGGCAGAUGGACAGGAGGCUGACGUGGCAUCCUGUGUGCCAGAGAGAAGAGGCAGUGAUGCUGCGAGGACGGGGGUCCCCGAGGCCGAGACCGGCAGCCAGCCAGAGGCAGAGAGCACAGAGGAGGCAGGGAGCGAAGGGCCAGUGAGAGCCAGGGGACAGGAGGCAGCCUGGAGGCCAGAAGUCGCCUGGCAGGGCGGGGAGCCGGGCACGCUGCACCCCGUAAAGGACAGCCUCUCGGUGCUGAGGCAGGUCAGGAGGCUGGAGCAGGCUUUGAAGGAUGGCUCUGCGAGGUUGGCCCCCCAGCUCCCUGGGACCUGCUACUCCCUGCAGUGCCCACUGGACAAGGCAGGUGAGGGGCCCAGCCUUCGGGAGGGCCGUGUGGGCGGCUCUGAAUCCAGCCGCAGGCUCCUAGACCUGGGGACCCAGGAGCCCACCCCUGAGCCUGCAGGAGAAAGGAAGGGCUCAAGCGCAAGCCCCUGGGACCAGAGCCUGGAAAGCGUGUACAGCGAGUACGAGGAGUCCCCCCUGAGGCCCUUCAUCAGCCCCCCGCCGAAGCCCCGGAGAACGUUCCAACAUGAGGAGGAAGGGGCCAGGGCUGGGCAGCCAGGCCGCGUCAUCUGGAGAGAGAAGAAGGGCCUGCUUCCCCUGCCCUCGAACCCGCCGCCCCUGCCCUCCUCCCCACCCCCACCCUCAGUGAACCGAAGACUCUGGAAUGAGAGGCAGAGGGCCAGUGCCGACCACAGGAAGUCCUAUGAGUUCGAGGACUUGGUGCAGUCCUCAGAGAGCAGCACGGUGGACUGGUACGCCCAGUCGAAGCUGGAGCUCACACGCACUUUAUCGGAGGAGAACGUCUACGAGGACAUUCUGGAUCAGCCAAUGAAGGAAAGCCUGUAUGAGGCUGUUGAGUUACAUGGCCACUGCCUGGAGAAGAAGUGCGUCUCGAACUUUCCUGGCUCCCCUGCCUCCUCCAUCCCCAACACACCCCUCAAGUCGUCAUCCAAGCCUGUUUUUUUCCGGCACAAUUCUGAGAAGAGGAACUUCAAGCUGUUGGAUGCGCGGAAGCCAAAUCGGGACAGGACUGGGUCGCCUUCCAGGGUCAGCCCCCCGUCCACUCCCAGCAGCCCCGACGACACCUCCUUCAAUCUUGGAGACCCACAGAAUGGCGGAAAGAAGAGAAAGAUACCCAAGCUGGUGCUUCGGAUCAACGCCAUCUACGAGGCCCGGAGAGGGAAGAAACGGGUGAAGAGACUGUCUCAGUCAGCUGAGAGCAGCUCUGGGAAAGUGACAGAUGAGAACAGUGAGUCUGACAGUGACACCGAGGAGAAGCUGGAAGCUCACAGCCAGCGCCUGGUCCACGUGCAGGCCCGCCUGAAGCAGGCCCCUCGGUGCCCGCCCCCGGACCGGGACCUGGUGGAGCACCCGGAGAGGCGGCUCUUUGAGUACUUCGUGGUCGUGUCGCUGCACAAGAAGCAGACAGGGACCACCUACGUGCCGGAACUCACUCAGCAGUUCCCUCCGAAGUUGGAAAAGUCAUUCAAGUUCAUGCGAGAGGCCGAGGACCAGCUGAAGGCCAUUCCUCAGUUCUGUUUCCCUGAUGCCAAAGACUGGGCUCCCGUCCAGCAGUUCACCAGCGAGACAUUCUCGUUCGUCCUGACUGGAGAAGACGGCAGCAGAAGGUUCGGAUACUGCCGAAGGCUGCUGCCUGGUGGCAAAGGGAAGCGCCUGCCUGAAGUCUACUGCAUCGUGAGCCGCCUGGGCUGCUUCAGCCUCUUCUCAAAGAUCUUGGACGAGGUGGAGAAACGACGUGGCAUCUCUCCUGCUCUGGUCCAGCCCUUCAUGAGGAGCGUGAUGGAAGCGCCAUUUCCAGCCCUGGGCAAAACCAUCGUUGUCAAGAACUUCUUGCCGGGAUCAGGGACUGAGGUGAUCAAGCUGUGUCGCCCACUGGACUCCCGGCUUGAGCACGUGGACUUUGAGUCUCUCUUCUCCUCACUCAGCGUCCGCCACCUGGUCCGUGUCUUCGCUUCCCUGCUUCUGGAAAGGAGGGUCAUCUUCAUAGCAGACAAGCUCAGCACCCUGUCUACCUGCUGCCACUCGGUGGUGGCACUCACCUACCCCUUCACCUGGCAGCACACCUACGUCCCGGUGCUGCCACCCUCCAUGAUCGACAUCGUGUGCUCACCCACCCCCUUCCUCAUUGGCCUGCUCACCAGCACACUGCCUCUGCUCCAGGAGCUGCCACUGGAGGAGGUGCUUGUGGUUGAUCUAGACAACAACCGGUUCCUCAGGCAGAUGGACGACGAGGACUCCAUCCUGCCCCGCAAGCUGCAGGCGGCCCUGGAGCAUGUUCUAGAGCAGAGGAACGAGCUGGCCAGCGAGCAUGAGGAGGGGCCCCCAGACAGCAGGCCUGGCCCCGAGUGCAGCCCCCUCAACGUGGUGGUGUCCGAGGCGUUCGUGCGCUUCUUCGUGGAGACCGUGGGUCACUACUCGCUGUUCCUGACGCCGGGCGAGCGCGAGGAGCGGACGCUGCAGCGGGAGGCCUUCCGCAAGGCCGUGUCGUCCCGGAGCCUGCGCCGCUUCCUCGAGGUCUUCAUGGAGACCCAGACGUUCCGCAGCUUCGCGCAGGAGCGGGCGCUGCGCCGGCAGGACGCCAAGGGUCUGUUUGAAGUCCGCGCCCAGGAGUACCUGGAGACACUCCCCAGCAGCGAGCACGGCGGUGUCAAUAGGUUCCUGAAGGGACUAGGCAACAAAAUGAAGUUUCUGCACAAGAAAUAACCAUCUGCUCGGCCUCAAGAGAACACUUCUGGUGCAACCACGUGUUUUCAGACCCGUGUCUCUUGGCCUUUCUGGAAGGCCGGGUCCAUGGUUGCUCAGGGGCUAGGGUGAAGACCAUGGUGUCAGGCCCCCUUGGGCUCAAGGCUUCCCUGACCAGGACCCAGGGACUGGCCAGGCAGCCCAGGAAGCCCACUUUUAGACAGCACUGGAGAGGGAGACCAGGACCAGGAGAGUUGCUGAGGGUCAAGUGGGUGGUUUGGGUUGUUGGGUUUUUAUCUUUUGUUUUUUUAAUCUUAGAUAUUAAAAAACAAGAAAAGUGUUCGGGCUUUGUUUUUAUUAUCCCAGGCUAAGCAAGUCUAGGAGCCCUGGUGGUGCAGUGGUUAAAUGCUUGGCUGCUAACCAAAAGGUUGGCGUUUCAAACCCACCAGCUGCUUAUGGGAGAAAGAUGUGGUAGUCUGCUUCUAUAAGGAUGACAGCCUUGGAAACUCUCUCGGGUAGUUCUCCUCUGCCCUAGAGGGUUGCUAUGAGUCAGAAUCGGUUUGAUGGCAUCAGGUUUGGUUUGGUGGUUUUAAGCAAGUCAGCCUGCUGCACUUCAUCCUGCCUCCAGCACCUCUCUGGAGCAAGGAGGAAAGGACAUGGGAAGGGGUGCCAUCAGGGGCUUAGAAGCCAAGGAAUGCCCACUCUGCACAGAACUUGGAACAAAUGCGGGGAGGAGGGAGGGCUGGGGACCCUGGUGCCCACAGGCUCAGGACUCAGGACCUGUUGGAGCAGCACACCCCAGAUCUCACUGCUUCAUGGGCAGAGCAGCUUUUCCGACUGGCCCGCGGUGCCCCCUGGUGGCUGCACCCAUUCCUUGUCACUCAUGGACUCCCCUCCCCAGCGGCCUCUCCUACUGAUGGCUCUCCUUCUCUUGAAGCCACAGAGCUGUCUGCCCCAGCUGUCCAUGACCUUCGAGGAACACACAGUAAGAAAUCUCCUCCUAAGACUUGUUCCUGAAAUGCUCUUGGUACUGCUGAGAGCCCACCUCAGCACAGAAGCCACCACGUCGACCCAUUCCCACGUAUACUAUGAAAUGUCCCUCUCUCAUCCAGGGACCAGGUCAGCAUCCGAGAAACCAUGUUCAUGCAGGACAAACAGAAGAGAGUUUGGCAGCUGAUGUUAACAACAGGCAGGAUCAGAGCUUUGGGGCAGCUGAAGCAGUGGUGCAGGGCCUGUCCUGCAGGCAGACAGCAGGGAAGCCCCUCGGUUCAGCCUCUGGAUGCUGCUGCAGUGGCCCGGGCUGUGGCACUUGGCAGAGGUUCUCAAGCUUUAGGAAGCUGGGAGCAAGAAGGUCUCCGAGGAAAAGUGAGAACAAGAGGAAGAGAAGGGGCAAGGCUGACUUCAUUCUAGAUUAUCGGUUCUUAACUGGAGCCAUGGACUGUUCCCCCCAAAGGUGCACCCCACAUUGGGUGUGUCCAUUCGUGUUUCAAGGGAGAAGACCUGUAGUUUACAUCAGACUCCCAAGGAGUCCUGAGACUCAAAAACGUGGUAGGACUGGGUUAUGCAUAAAAAUUAACCUGAGUAGGUGUGUGUGUGAUUGGGGGGCACCUGAAUGAGAACCUCUGAGUCGGCGGAGGGCGGUUAGGAAUUUGUAUCUAACACGCAUCUCAGAUUGAUUACAUUUAUUAAAAGUAAUGUUCUAUGUAUUUUUAUAUUGCCCAGAAAUGAUAACUUCCAAUAUUUGGGGAUACACGUUCUUUUCUAACUUAUUUUAUAUUGUCUACUUAAUACAUCCAAGUGAAUAAAUAUAUAAUCUUCAUUGAAGUGCCUAACAACUGCGUAAUCUGCUUCAGAGAUAAGCGAAAGGUUAGCUCACCAACACCUUAUGUGUGCAGGAUCUUUGGGAUCUUCAACGUUAUAAAGGGUAGCGAGGAAAAAAAAGUCUUCGUACAAGUAUCUUAGCAUCCUGGGUGGUGCAAACGGUUAACGCACUCAGCUGCUAACAGUGGUUGGCCAUUCUAGUCGAGCCAGAGGCACCUUGGAAGAAAGGCCUGGCAGUCUACUGCCAAAAACUCAGCCUUUGAAAACCCUAUGGAGCAGCUCUAGUCUGACACACGUAGGGCCGCCAUGGGUCAGAGUCAACUUCAAGGGCAGCGGCUAUGCCGUUUUUUUUUUUGGUUUACAAGAGUUGCAUUAUUGUUUUUUGAUUCAAAGUAAAUCAUACGGUCAUGAGGAAGAACACAGCAUUGCAGUGGUACUUGGGGGGGUUGUUCCUGUGGGGUAUUGGCAACACUCAGGGGCAGGAUGAGCAAGAGCCACAGACGGCCAGCCUGAGGGAGGAGACGGCCAUCGCCGCUGCUGGGCUGAGGAGGGCUGAAUUCUCAGAAAUUAUCUCAAAGCUUACAGGAGCCCUGGUGCCACAGUGGCUGAGCACUCAGCUGCUAAGCGAAAGAUCGGCAGUUCGAACCCACCAGCUGUUCUGCGGGAGAAAGAUGUGAGACAGCCUGCUUCUGCAAAGAUUACAGGCUUGGGAACCCUACGGGGCAGUUCUACUCAUUCCUAUAGGGUCGCUAUGAGUUGAAAUCGACUUGACGGUGGGCUUGGGUUUAUCACAAAACCUUGUCAUGCAGACUAACAACAGUAAUGGCUGCCAUUCAUGGAGCGUUGGCUUCGCCCCGACUGUGCUCACUUCUUCGUGUGAUCCUCGUUUCUUAAUGUCUCCUCCCCCUUUCUCUGUUUAAAUCUUUCAGUGGGGGUGAUAUGAGCUGAGCCUCCUGAGCUGAACUGGAAUGGAUGGGAGGGGCUGAAACAGGCCCAGCAGGAGGGGAGAUUCCAACCUGAGCAAAGGUUAGCAGAAGAGGCAGAGCAGGUGACAGGCCGCUGAAAUGCUUACACCUGUUAAGGCCAGUUAACUUCAUUCCAGUAACUGGUCUGGUGACCACACCUUGCCUCACCAGCGCCUGGGUGGGGCUCAGCCACCAACCCCUCCCAGACUCCAGUUCAAAGAGGCUGGGUCAGCUCACCAAAACUCUAUGGGGUAGUCUACUCUACUAAAGGGCCCCUAUGAGUCAGAAUCGACUCGAUGGAAAUGUUUCGUUUUUUGGUUUGGGCCAGCUCAGUGGCAGCGGGCCAGGCACCCAGCCUCACCUGUGUUCAGGUGUGAGCAGCAGAACCCUGGGCCUGUAUGUGUCCCGCUGCUCUCCUCUGGCCCCACCUAAAGCCACGCCUCACCCAGUCCAUCGUCCCUGGGGUGCAGGAAGGGAAGCCCCAGAGGGGACCUUCCCACAGCAGAGCUGUGCCCCGCCCCGGGGAAGGGAGCUGAGCUGGUUUUCGGGGGGAGAGUUACAGACCCAUCCUCCUGCUCACCUGGCCCAGGACAGGUGUGCAGGGCUGACAGGUGUGCAGGUGGCUCUGGGCAGCGGCAGGACCAGGAGGGACAGGCCAAGAGGGUGGUGGGCGUGGGCAAGGGCAGGAAGGCAGGGCAGCCCCCAGGCCUGGAGUUCUGUGGGGCCCAGAACAGAGGCUGCUGUCCCCAUCCUGCCUGGCUUCACUGGCCGGAGGAGGCUCUGGGCAGGAACCAAGGCAGCUGGGAUUAGCGAGGUCAGUCAGGCUGGGGUGGCACUGUGUGGUGUGGGCCAGCUCCUUCCUGCAGCUUGGGGACUGUACCCACAUCCUGGUUCUGCCUAGCCAGCAGGUGUACCCCCCUUACCCAG